GUUGACCAAGUUUUAGCAGACACGAAUCGUACCAUUUUCUUCUCACCACGGCAUACGUUACGACAAAAUGCAUGAUAUGGUAUACACUCAAAGCGAGUCCCGAAUAACUUGGAUUCUCCUUGUGACCUUCACCGCUCUUUCGCUCUGCUGUGACAUCAUCAUUCUAUGGAAUUACUGGCGACAUGUUCGGAAACGACGCCAGGGAUAUGGCCACCGCGUUAUCGCCCAUGUCAGCAUCUCUAAUUUGGUGUUUAGCGCUUCAUGCUUUGGAUAUUGCCUUUGUCAUGUGCUUGGAGUGGAAAUGCCAGAGCGGGAUUUUCUGUGCCAGUCGCAAGGACCAGUUUUGUAUUUUACUGUGGGAGCCUGUGUCUAUAUUCUUUCCACCAGUAGCGCCUAUUCAUACCUAGUUAUCAUUCGGGGGAGAAUACCUUCACAUAGAACCGAAAACCUCAUGUUGGCAUCCGCCUGGUCAAUUUCGUUCGUUCUUGUGCUUGGGUCUCGUAUCGUCUCCUGGGCAAAGGCCAGUUUGUACGAUUGGGGUUACCGGAACGAGAUAUGGUGCGCCAUUCAACAUUCAAAUAAAGCAGCGGCAGCAGUAGUGGUGGGAUCCAUCAUUGCGCCACCGCUCCUUCUGAUGGUGUUCUGCUACAUGCGAAUAUAUCUCCACAUCCGUGCGAUUGCAUCGAAUGAGAUGAGCAAGGUUUUGAAUAAAAGCAAGGAAGCCAGAAUGUACCAACUGAAAGCAGCAACAGUCAUGGCGACAUUCGUAUUUGUGUUUAUGACCAGUUGGUCUGGUGUUCUAGUGCUAAUUGUAGUGGGUGGUGGAACGAGGACAGAUGCCCCUUGGUGGGCGGAAACGCUGGUUAUUGCGUUCGCACAUUUGUCGGGCUUCUUGAACUUUGUUCAGUAUGCCGCGACAGGCUUUGGCAAACAAGUCAACAAGCGGGAUAAUUCUAAACACUCUUCAGAUGCAUCGGGUUCAGCCUCGAAAACUAACGGCUACAAUGGUAAUCCUUCCAUGAUCAAGUCACAACGCACCUCAUUGCCCCCCACAGUUCUCAAUGGAGAUCGUGGUGUUCGGAGUAGCAAUGGACAUGGACUGGAGGCGGGGGCCGUGCCUGAGCUGCCCGAAUUACAAGCGUGGGAACAACAAGAUUGGGGGUUUAGCAUUAGUAUAGAGGUGCAUUGACAUAGGGUACCCGUUCUAAAGUUACAAGUACCAGGUGU